UUUCUCCAUCAACUUCUUCAAUCAUGGCAUUCAAGUUUCUGACUUUCGCCGGUUUGGUGGCUGCAGCCAGCGCCGGAGUUUUGCACCCGGCGCCUUUGGCCUACCAGGCGGCCCACUAUGCCCCAGCGGUGUACGCCCAAGCGGCACCUCUUGCCUACGCACCCGUAGCCAAGGCGGUCGUCGCCGAGGCUCAUCACGACGAGCACGCGUACGAUUUCGACUCCCAUCCCCAGUACAGUUACUCGUACGACGUGCACGACUCCCUCACCGGGGACGCCAAGAGCCAACAAGAGACCCGGAACGGUGACGCGGUCGAGGGCAGCUACAGCUUCAUCGAGGCCGACGGCAGCCGCCGCGUCGUCCACUACACCGCCGACGACCACAACGGCUUCAACGCCGUCGUCGAGAAACAACCCGCCCAGGUCGCCCUCAAGGCCGUCGCCCCCGUCGUCGUCAAAUCCGUCGCUCCCGUCGCCCACGCGUCCUACGCUGCGCCGGCUUACACCGCGUACGCCGCACCGGCUCAUGCCGCCUACGCCGCCCCGGUGCUCAAGGUCGCCGCACCCCUGGCCCAUUCCUACCUGGCUUCGCCCUACCACCAUUGAGAAUUUCCCUUUCUAAUGUCAGCCGCACCUGUUUCUACCUCAAUUUCAAACUGCUCUAAAAAUUUAUCUUAUUUUUGAGAACCUCACGAUUUACUGUUUAUUAAAAAUACUCACGUUUUUGUACCAACAAUCCCUCGAAUUUCUUCAACACUUUUUACUAACUCGGCUCUCAACUGUGACGCGGAAAUCGAUAUCAUCGGAGUGCUGGGAGGAAAGAAAAGCUGGGGGGAGCGUCCGUAUCAGCAGCUGCUCGUCAUCGUCGCUUUCCACGCGAUUCUGAUUGGAUCGCCGUGUCGCUGUGUCCGGUACGAAAAGUGACGGCUGUUCAUGAAACAAGGCGGAUCCGGGUUUCAAAACAACGUUAACAAGUUUGUUAUUCGCUCGCUCUCGGACCGAGGCCUAUUUCACGUCGAAGGAAAAUUGUUCCCUUUAUUAUUUUAUCUCAAAAUACUUUCUAUAGUUCACGAAUCCAUUGUGACAUUUAGUUUUGAUGUUAGAGGUUUUUCUUACUGACCGAUGCAGUUUUGUGGAGCCUGGAAGCGCGAUUUGCGUAGCGAUGCAAAAUACGGUCCGAGAGACUUUUGACAAUAUUUUUAAAAAGGAUCUUUCGCGCACCAUGCGUUUCAUUCGUGAAUAAAUGUUUGCUUUUAU